GAACAGAAGAGAAGAAGAAGAAGGAGGAGGACAGGAAGCGAAGAUGUAAACAAAGCAGAACUUCCCUGAUCUGGAUCAAACGGAACCACAGUCAAUUCUCAGCCGGAUCAGCUAGAUUCAAAACAAACAGUCGUUCCUGAGCUGGGUCAGCCGGAACAUCGGUUGUUCUGCUGCUCGGGCCCGGUUUGGACUCUGAUUCCCCGUCUUUGUUUUGUUUUAAAACGAAAUGGAAGAUAACAAGAUGGUGGCUGGAAAAGUGAAGAAGCCAGGAAAACGUGGCCGCAAGCCAGCAAAGAUUGACCUGAAGGCCAAACUAGAGCGGAGCCGGCAGAGUGCCAGAGAAUGCCGGGCCCGGAAGAAGCUGCGUUAUCAGUACCUGGAGGAACUGGUUUCCAGUAAGGAGAGAGCCAUUUGCGCUCUGCGGGAGGAGCUGGAGAUGUACAAGCAGUGGUGCUCGGCCAUGGAUCAAGGAAAAAUCCCAUCUGAGAUCAAAGCUCUGCUAACCGGAGAUGAGCAGAAGAUUCCUCAGAGCAGCAGCAGCACCAAGGCUUCCAAGAACGGGAAGAACAGCAGCACCGGCAGCAGCAACGCUCAGAGUUAGACAGCAGGGCAUCGCUCCGCCUCCGCCUUCAUUUCAUUUAAAAACUUUCUGUGAAACAUCAGCACCUCUGUGACCUGGAUGCAACCCGGAUACCUCUCGGAUACCACAGUUAUUCCUGCAAGCCUUUGAGAAAUUAAACAUUUAUCCCUUAAGCUGGGAUCUGAUGAGGACCUUGAUCCGUUCUGUCUUCAUUGAUCUCAGCUCAUGUUGGUUUGUUUUGUCUGAGGUCAGGUGUCUGCGCUCUCACCUGCACAAGUGACACUCAGAGCAGGUUACCUGGUUGUUUAUAGGUCACAUGACCCGCUGACGGCUUUCAGCUGCUUAGAAGGAGAUGUUUAAUUUUUAUACUUUAGCUAAAUAUCUGUUUCUGUUGUAGCGUGAAAGAUCCAAGGUUUCAGCUGGUUCUGGGUCAGCUUGUGCUAGAUCAAAUAGAGCCAUGUUUCAGCUGGUUCUGGAUCAACCUGUUCUGGAUCAACUAGUCUCAAAUCAGCUGACCCGAAUGAAAUUAAAACUUGUUUCAUCUCGCUCAAGAUCAGCUGGUUCUGCAUCAUGGUUCAAAAACAGCUGGUUUGACAUGAAGUGAAGUUUUGGAAUAUCUGAUUCUGGUUUAGCUGGUUUUGAAUCAAUGGAUUCUAGACCUGCCAAAGACUUGGAUUAGUGGCUCUGGAACAGCUAGUCUUGAUUUAGCUGGUCGCUGAUCAGCCAGAUCUGGAUCAGAUGAAGUCCUGUUUGAGAUGGCUGAAAGUCAGCAUGUUCUAGAACAGCUGGUUUUGAAUCAGCUCACACUAGAUUGACUGGUUCUGGAUCGGAUUGUGCUGAAUCACCAUUUUCUAGAUCCAACUAAACUUUGUUUGUAGCCAUUUCUGGAUCAGUGGCUCUAGUUCAGUGAGUCCUGAAUCAGUGAGUGUCUGAUCAGCUAGAUCUGGUUCGGCUGACAUCUAGAUGGCUAAAGAUCAGCCUGUUCUGGAUUUGAUUAAUCCAAACUUGGAUCAGGUGGUUCUGGAACCUGUGGAUCUGUUUAUAGUGUCGUUGAUCCUGGAUGAAUCAGCAGAGGUGUUUUAUCAAGAGUUCCAGAUUUCCAGUUUUCUUUUUUUGUUCCUGUUGAUGUAAUCCUUCCUGAAUGUUUUCCACUUUCUUCAUUGUAGCAGAAGCACUUUGUGAGAUCUACAGAAUCUUUGUAGCUUUUCCAAACUUUAGUUUGUCAAAGCAAAUAAAACAGAUUAAUCAUUCUGA